UAGGAAAAUACUCGGGCAUGCGCAGUGGUGUGAGUUUUGUUUGAAGUGAACUGCUGCUUGGAACUGCCCUAGAAGCUGCAAACUCGCCGAGCAUUUGCUUGUAAGAGUAUUAUUUCUUCACAUUUUCUCCAUCUUCGCGGAGCACCUUUAUGCAUCACCGAGAUCAUGCUAGGUCACCAUUAUUCCACUACCGACAAGUCACAACAACUGGUCAACUAUGUGGAGGAUUAUCUGGAAUGUGUGGAGUCCCUUCCUUUGGACAUACAAAGAAAUGUUUCCCUGCUUAGAGAAAUUGACGCAAAGUAUCAAGAGGUGCUAAAGGAAGUGGAUGAAGUAUUCGAGAAGUACAAAGGUGAGCAGGAUGUGGCCCAGAGGAAGCGUCUGCAGAUCCAGCUACAGCGGGCGCUCAUCAUCAGCCAGGAACUGGGCGAUGAGAAAAUUCACGUGGUGACCCAGAUGACCGAGCUGGUGGAAAACCGCUCACGUCAAAUGGACUCUCACUCCUCGUGCCUGCAGGAGCCCAGUGAGGCUGAGCGCAUCCCCACCGAGCGGCGAUCAAGUGUACAGGAGCCCCCGCCGCCUGAACGGGCCUCCACCAGACGCCCGCGACGUCAGCGCAACAGCGAGAGUCGCGACUCCAGCCACCCAUCUGCCAACGGCUCUCUUUUAGAAGAUGCCGCGGAGGAGCUGCCUGUCCCUCCGCCCAGGGAGAAGAAGUCAAAAUCUGCAAAGAAGAAGAAACGCAAGUGCAAACAGGAACGGGACACUUCCCCUGUGGAAUUUGCGAUUGACCCUAACGAGCCCACCUACUGUCUCUGCGAGCAGGUGUCCUAUGGUGAGAUGAUUGGCUGUGACAAUGACCAGUGCCCCAUUGAGUGGUUCCACUUCUCCUGUGUCGGGCUCACGUACAAACCCAAGGGCAAGUGGUACUGCCCCAAAUGCAGGGGGGACAAUGAAAAGACAAUGGACAAAAGCUUAGACAAGAACAGAAAAGACCGGCGGUCCAGGUAGUGACCUCCUUCCUCAGGGUCGUGGAACUGUUCCUUGUAGUUUCCAGAAGUACUCAGAUGUUCAGAGAAGCACAAUUGAACACUGUCCAGUAGCAGCGCUUAUUAUUAAUCAAGGACCAGGUGUGAUUGGACUUGUGCUGUUACAUCAAUGAUUGUCUCCACUGGUGAUAACUGUGCUGUAGUGUGUAGGAUAAACAGCCGCUGCAGGAAUCCUCAGUUUGGUCUUGCGGUUCCUUUUUUUUUUUGUUUGUUUGUUUGUUUGUUAUUUGAGGGACUUUUGUUAUUUCUCGGUUUAUUUGUUUGAAUGUUUCAUUCUGAUCAAAAGUCCCAAUAAAAAAAAAGUUAAUAAUGAUUACAUUGUUCAGUUUCGGAGAGUUUUUUUAUUUAGUUUUGCCUCCAGGGGA